AUGACCAACAACAACGGCCGCCCAUGGGCGGCAGACCGCAAAGUACCGAGGAAGCUGUCAUUUCAUGCAACUGUUGCCGAUUACGAAAGCUCCGGUGUUCGCGAGAGUUGCCGACAUGUCAACAAUGCCGGAAAGUUGUGCGAGUACAGACGGGAAAAGAUGAAGCCUGGCAUAAGGCCUGGGGCGAUAGAAUCGCUACAUCAGCGAGUUGGCAAGGUCGAAGAGUUCAUGGAAGAAUUGAAAACUACUGGCAAUAGGAUAUCACAAGAAAGCAAUGAAAGCACGGUGCAGAGCGUCAUGGCUAUUUUGGCCCGCGAAAUCUGCCGAUUGAAUGAUGGUCAACCGGCAUCUUCAACUGACCCUGUCCAGCAUGUCCGUGAACCGGUCCAAGAAGGUCAACGAAAGCGCCGACGACUGGAUGCAACUGAUACAACAACUCAAUUCGGCGAUAUGCCACCAUUGCCACCUACACCAGUCCUUAAUCAGGUGCUCGACUGCUACUUCUCCCGCCUGCAUCCAUGGAUCCCAAUGUUGCAGGAGAACAGAUUCAAGAAGCGCCUCAACGACCCCGUCGUGAAGCCAAAACUGUUCAUUAUACUGCAGGCUAUGAUCGUGUCAACCAUUCGAUACAUCGACUCCCCGGAUUUGAGAGCCAUGCCAGUGCAAGAGCUCGAGGCUCGCCAAAACUGGGUCGUCGUCCACGCCAUGAGCUCGCUAGUUGUUGAGAGCCUCCAAGCGCUCACCAUCAUCGCAUUCAGUAAUAUAGGAAACGGCCGUGCCAUGAGAAUGUGGCCUAUCGUGGGGUCGCUUACUCGCACCAUUGAAUAUCUGCAGCUCACCGUGGAGCGUGAACAUUUGAGCCAACCGCAGCCUCUCUCGCAACCGUACUUAGCCAACUCUCUGCGACGGGACAACAUCUCUUGGAUUGAGCUCGAAGAGCAACGUCGUGUAUUCUGGGUCAUCUUCAAUCUGGACCGCUUUUGCUCCGUCACCAUGGGCUGGAAUACCAGCCUCACGUCGGAUGAUGUUUGUCGCCGCUUACCUUGUGAUAUCACUCUUUGGUGGCAAGACGAGCAUGUAGUAACGCCGUAUUUUAACAUAUGGGACAAGUCAGCCGGACGCAUUGGCAACCCAAUUGCCUUUCUACCGUCGCACUACAAGCCUAAGCCUCCAGACGACAUGGAGAAUAGCAAUCACACCAAAACGAGUAGCGGCUCGAACUCUGGUGUUCCAAGGCGCCAGUCUAUUGAGAUUUGUAACGUCGGAAGCAGUCCUGCUUUUAGUGACCAACAGCCAGAUCCGUUGAUUGACAAGUCGACAAUAGGCGCCUUUGCCUGCUCCGUAGAGGCGACCGAGUCUUUGUGCCAAAUUACAACUUACUUCCUUCAGCAGCGCGUGGAUAUGCGCAACGAGCGAGAAGUUGAGUCGUGGCUCACUCGUUUCAAAGAGCUCGACUUGCGUCUCAUUCACUGGAAGAUGCUUCUACCACAAAAGCUGAAGCCUAACAUGGGACAUCGCCCAUCUGGGAGGAUGGACCCGAACCUAACACUAGCGCACGUCAGUCACAAUGCAUCAAUCGUCUUGCUACACCAGGCCAUCGCUUUUCCGCGUUUUGAAUGGGCUUUUAGGACUCGGCUUCCUUCUCUGUCGUCGGCAGAGACAUGCCACGAUGCAGCCCUGGUCGUUGCGGCUAUCGCCAACAAUUAUCUCGAGGUCUUGCCGUAUAUCCCCGUAACGCCCCUCUUCGCCUUUUGUAUAUUCGUAUGCGCCCGUACCCUAAUCAUCCACUGGAGGUACUACUGUACACCACAACUUGCACCCGAGUUCGAUUCCCUCGUCGACAGUUUAGAUAGGAUAUGUGCACAGUGGCGUGGUCAUGGGUCACCACAAGGCGAGACCGCUAGUUGCCCACUAGCUGGAUUAUACGCGACACGACUCCGCAAACUUAAACAACGAUGUGUAGAGGACAAAGAUUUCCGAAUUGAUCCAUCAAACUACACCGCCGAUGGUGACGACGUCGAGGAAAUAGCGGGUGCUACAUCCGAUGAACGCCUCCCACAACAAUCAGAUCCGUCGGCAGAGCAAACCACGACUCUGGGAUAUGGAACAACGAUGAUGGAGAGUAGUUCCUUGGCAUACCAUCGUAACCAGCGCCAACCUCAAGCCGAUCAGGAACGUAUGAUGCCUCCAUCCUAUCAGGCUAGCGAGACAUUGCCCUCUGGCAUGGAUAGCAUCGAGCAACUGUUUCUUGAUUCGCAAUAUAUUAACGGUGAUCGAAUUAUCAGUCUAGAAGACAAUAUGUUUGAGUUGGGUGGUGGUGGAAUCACUUGGUCCUGA